AUGGAGAACUUCAGGAAGGUGAAGACCUCCGAGGAGGAGAGCCCCUUGCCCUUCUCCGACUUGCCCGCCGACGUGGUGGAGAUGAAGGUGAAGGAAGGCAGCAAGAUCCGGAACCUCAUGGGCUUCGCCAUGGCCCGGAUGGGGCAGGAGGCCACUCGGCGCAUCGUCUUCAGCGGCUGCGGCCGGGCGGUCACCAAAACGGUCACCUGCGUGGAGAUCAUGAAGAGGAAGCUGGGUGGGCUAUACCAGGUCACCAAGGUGCAGUACAAGACCGUCCGGGAAGUCUGGGAGAGCCGGGACCCCCAGCCCGAGGGGGCCCCCGCCGAACAUCUCACCGUCCACAAGAACGUGCCCUCCAUCUGCAUCCUCCUCUCCAAGGACCCGCUGGACCCCAACCAGAUGGGCUACCAACCCCCGGAUCCCCUGGGGGGACUGUGGACAGAGGAGGAGAUGCGUGAGGAGAGGUCUGGCUCUUCCCCGAAGGGGGUCAAGAGAAGGUUGGCAUCGCCCCCCCACGAAGAAGGAGAGGAGCAGACUGCUAAGAAGCCACCUUUACAGGUACAGGAUCUUCAGGAGGACCUGGGGACCGUGGCGGGUUGUUGA